AUGAACAUCUUACAUUCUACUCUAUCAACCUGGCGAGAUCGCCUCGCCCCUGUCUCUCGAACCUCUACCUUCCGCAAUACCGGCCAAAUCACCCCAGAGGAAUUCGUGCUUGCGGGCGAUUAUCUGGUCUAUAAGUUCCCCACGUGGUCCUGGGCUGAUGCCUCCAGCCCGGCAAAGAGAGUCUCUUAUCUGCCAGAAGGCAAACAGUUUCUCGUUACCCGCGGUGUCCCUUGCCAUCGCCGGUUGAACGAUAACUUCGCUGGCGAUGCGGGCACCGAAGAUGAGCUAGUGAGGGACAUGUUAUCUGGAGGGGAGGGGGAGGGUGCCACAACUGUGGAUGGGGACGAUGGCUGGUUGAGAACCGGUGGCGGUCGUGACUCUGCAGCGAACCGGAGCGAACAAGAAGCACGAAUCCGGGAUGUGCGGACAGUCGAUGAUUCUGGGAAUUUGGGCGACCAAGAAGACGACGAUGAGAUUCCAGAUAUGGAAGACGACGACGAUGACGAGGAGGCUAUUAUCCGUGAGCCAGUUGGGCAAUCCGGAACAACACAACCACUCCGCACCUACACCCUCUAUAUCACAUACUCCAACUUCUAUCGCACGCCCCGCCUCUAUCUAUCAGGCUAUUUAUCACCAUCAGAGCCCCUCCCGCCGCACCUCAUGAUGGAAGAUAUCGUCGGCGACUACAAAGACAAGACCGUGACACUAGAAGACUUCCCCUGGUUCGACGGCAGUAUAAAGAUGGCAACCGUUCAUCCCUGCCGCCACGCCUCAGUCAUGAAAACACUCCUCGACCGCGCCGACGCAGCCCUCAAGCUCCGCCGAGAAAAGCUCAAGCAAACGCAAUCCCGCGAAGAAGCAAACCGCGUCCUCCAGGCUAACGGCGGUCUUGAAGGUCUCGUGGAUGAAACAAAGGGGCUAUCACUAGGUGACCAGCAACAGCAAGGCGGGGACGAGUGGGAGGUCCUGCAGGCCGAUGAGGAAGAACAGAACGCCAUCCGGGUGGAUCAGUACUUGGUCGUUUUUCUGAAAUUCAUCGCCAGCGUGACACCGGGUAUCGAGCACGACUUUACGAUGGGAGUAUAA